AUGCCGGCGCGCAGCGUGACCCAAUCCACGUCACCGGAGCGCAAGCACCAGCGCGCCAGCUCCGUCCGUUUCGCCGGAGACGAUGCCGUGGAGCCAGGCGGAAGCGGAGAUGGCGGCGGGGGCGGGGGAAGCGGAGGCGGAGGCGGCGGAGGAGGAGGAGGAGGAAGAGACGGCGGGUCGACGCGGGUUGGCGAUUUAUUGUCGGCGGAUGACGCAUCGUCUGAGGGGAUAUCGCUCGAGUCGUCGAGCCGCGCGGGGAGCCAGCGGGAGCGCGAGGAGUGGCAGCUGGACUACAGCCAGUUCGAGGCGGCGCGGCGCGACCUGAACGACAGCCAUGGCCGUCUGCGAAUACUCAAGCGGCUGGGGGGGCGGAACCCCGUUGACGGAUACUACCGGCAGCAGAACGAGAUGAUUGACGGAUUCAGUGAGAUGGACGCGCUCAGUGAGCAGCUGCUGCCGCCCACUCCCAGCGAGGUGAGGGAGGCACGAAGACUCCACCGAAGCGAGUUCAUGGCCGUGCAGAUAUCCAACGGUGCCAAUGUCUGUCUCUUCAUAGUCAAGAUCAUUGCUUCAAUCGUCAGCGGCAGCCUCGCUAUUCUGGCAUCGACUCUUGACUCACUGUUGGACCUGCUGUGUGGGUUCAUCCUCUGGUACACGGCUCGCACCAUGCGCUGCACCAACCCCUACAAGUACCCCAUCGGGAAGCGCCGCAUGCAGCCCCUGGGCAUCAUAGUGUUUGCGUGCAUCAUGGCGUCCCUCGGCUUCCAGAUUCUUCUAGAAGGAGUGCGCAAGCUCACAGACUCGAGCCACUCAGCAGGCCUGGGCGAGAAGUGGGGAGUGUAUGUGGGCAUCAUGGGGCUCGUCAUUCUCACCAAGUUCAUUCUCUUCCUCUACUGCCGCCUCUUCUCAGACGACAUCGUGCAGGCAUAUGCGCUUGAUCACAUGAUGGAUGUGGUAACCAACACCGUGGGCCUCGCAGCAGCAGUGCUGGCGGGGGAGUAUGCCUGGUGGAUCGACCCUGUCGGUGCCAUCUUCGUACGUCCCUCCUGCUCCCUUACCUCUCCGCUGCUGAAUUCUCUCUCUUUGAAGCGCCUCACAAGUGAGCCUUGCAUGCAGCAGCAGUGCAGUGCUGGCACUGGCAGGGAAGUAUGCCUGGUGGAUCGACUCGACCCCUUCGGUGCCAUCUUCGUACGUCGCCUCUCCCCUCUACUCCCUUCUCCCUCUUAUUCCUUUCAUUGGGGCGCCUCAAAAGUGGCCCUCGCAGCAGCAGUGCUGGCACUGGCAGGGAAAUAUGCCUGGUGGAUCGACUCGACCCCUUCCGUGCCAUCUUCGUACGUCCCUCCCACCACCACCGUCCUCCACUCUUCGUACGCUCCUUGA